CCUGCUUGAGCCUUGCUUUCGUGAUUUUCGCCAUGCGGCGCAAUUACUUGCGCAAGGAACUGCCUUGUGCACUCCUCAUCCUAGCGCUCUUCACACAGGGCAUUUGUGGGUUCUGCAGCUUGCCCAAUGUUUCGCGGCGGGACCUGCUGCGGGUUUCGCUGCCGCUGGUUGUGCCACUGCCAGCGGCUGCCGCCCAGCCGCAGGCGAAGCGGCAGCUCCUGGCGCUGGCAGACACAACUGCGCGCGGCACGGCUGCUUCGGCUGAGCAGAAGAGGCAAAUGAGCCAGCUGGCAGACGACCUGGCAGCGUCAGCGCCGGCGGCUACCAAGAGCAUGAUGUCAGGCACUUGGAACCUGGUCUACACCACCGAAAAGGAGGUGCUCUCCUUGAUCGGGGACCCAGAUAUCUCCGUGUACCAGAAGCUGGAUGCCGACGCUGGAACGCUGGGAAAUAGCAUCGUCUACAGCGAUGGCCGCCGCUUCGACGUGGCUGGCCGCGUUGAGGUCGCUGGGCAGCGCUCUGCAGGUGACGAGAAGGCCAAGAGGGCCAAGGCGCCUCCGGGCUUACGCAGCGACUUCAGCUUCACAGGCGCCACGCUGCAGCUGGCGCCCGGGGUGGCCUUGCCGCUGCCGCCCUUCGGUGCUGGCUGGUUUGUCAGCACUUAUUUGGAUGACACCUUGCGUGUGAACCGCGACUCGCGCGGUGAUUUGGCCAUCUAUGUCCGUGCUUGA